AUGCUUGAAGCUUCUCAAUCUGUUUGGCAAGCAUAUGCUCAAGUACAUAAGAAUGCUGCAAAAUGGAGAGGCAAAAAGUUUCCUCAUUAUUGGGACCUAUGUCUUGUAUUUGGAAAGGAUCGUGCUAAUGGAAAAGAUGCUCAAACAGCAACGGAUGUUAUAUCUGAGAUAAAUAACGAACAACAGGAGCCUGACGAUUACAUGCAAGGAACUGGAGAUGGGUUAGAGGAUAUAGAUGUUGAUGCUCUGUGA